AUGGCCUCUCUAAAUUUGUCUUCGAGGAUUGAAUCGCCUUCAGAGCGAGAGAACCAACUCUUUGCGAUAUUGAAUGAAUAUGCACAGCCUUCCAGCUCAAUCACAGCGCCCGCAGCUGCACAGAGUAUCCAUGGUUUCGCAGUUCCACUUCUGUCUGAUUCUAACGCGGACGGCCUAGAGAACCUGCUUUGGCAAUUUUGGACUAUUGUUAUCAAUGUCGCAAAACAAAUCCCAUGUGAUAGUCCAUCGCAGGAACGGUUAGUGGAACUAGUGAAGGCGCUGACUGAGAUACCACCUACAACGAUACAAAUUUGGGGCAAUGAUACCAAACUCUGGGCGGAUCUACCUCUUCUGGGGCCCGAAAUGAGAGAAGCCUGGAACCUCAUUCCAACCGGCAACGAAGCCGAAGAGAAAAUCAAAGAAUGGAUCAGUCUUAACUCUUUCGUCGCACGUCUACUGAGCCUCGGCCUCGCACCAUGGAUCAAUCUCGCUGUGUGGGCUCUCCGGGAUGCGCUUGAGGAAGAAUCGUCGGGGAGGAAAGUGGAAUGUGAUAUUGCCGUCGCUAGGGAAUGGUUCAACCAUGGUGGACCUGUUUUGCGACAGCAAACCAUGGCUGCAGAGAACAAGGAAGAGCGGAUUAUGGCUGGGGGAUCAUUGUACCAGGGACCAGCUAAGCUGUGCCCUGAACGAUGGAAGUUCUGGAAGGAGCGUCUGAGUCAGAUGAGCGAUCAGGGAGGUGACGUGGGACAGGUUGCGAGUACGGCCAAGACGGCGAUGGAACGCCUGGAA